UUCGAAAGAAAGUGCAUUUUUCAAUUUGCUGUUCGCGAAAUCUGUAAAAACGUAAAAUCGCAGCAAAAGCAAAGUUAAAGCAAUAAUUUGUGUAAAAUUUAAAGAAAAAUUAAGUACGAUACAGGAAACGAAACCCCAGAACAACACCUGACAACAUCGGCCGUCCCUUUUCGGUAAAGGUUUGAACGAACUGCAGCUGCAAAUCUAGUUACAAUCCAAACAUUCGCACCGAAACGAACAAAUACAAAGAAAUACUAUUAAAGUAAACAAAAAAUAUACAUAUAAUAAUCAACAGCGACAACAACAACAACAUACAAUUUUAGGCGCAAGUUAUAAAGUUAUAACUCAACAUUUGUGACUACAGCAACGUGGGAAGUGGCAGUAAGCUCAUAGAAAUCGGUUGGCAAGUGAAGCAACAGCAGCACCACCAACACCAGCACCACAAAAGCAUACCAAUACAAAAAGAACAAGAACAACAGCAAGAAGAUGGCAACAACUGCACGUAGCGGUGGCAAUGCCAGUGGCAGCACAGCUCAGCGCCCCAACGGUACACAGCAAAAUAAGAAUUGCCAAUUCAAAUUGGUGCUAUUGGGCGAAUCGGCGGUGGGCAAAUCAUCGCUGGUGCUACGUUUCGUUAAAGGGCAAUUCCACGAAUACCAAGAGAGUACGAUAGGCGCUGCAUUUCUAACACAAACCAUCUGCAUAGAGGAUACGGUGGUAAAAUUUGAAAUUUGGGAUACGGCCGGUCAAGAACGAUAUCACAGCUUAGCUCCUAUGUACUAUCGUGGUGCCCAAGCCGCCAUCGUUGUGUACGACAUACAAAAUCAAGACAGUUUUCAGCGUGCAAAAACCUGGGUCAAGGAACUGCAUAAACAAGCAUCGCCGAACAUUGUUAUUGCCCUGGCCGGCAAUAAAGCGGAUUUAUCAAAUAUACGUGUUGUAGAAUACGAAGAAGCAAAGCAAUAUGCCGAAGAGAACGGUCUAUUAUUUAUGGAAACCUCGGCAAAAACGGGAAUGAAUGUGAAUGAUAUAUUCUUAGCUAUAGCUAAGAAAUUACCUAAAAACGAUGGAGCACACAAUCAAGGCGCUCCUGCUGGUAGAAGGCUGAAUGAUAAUGAAAAUAACCGACAAACAAACAAUUGCUGCAAGUGAUGUCCUUUUGUAGAAAAUGAAAUUUCCAAUGAGAGAUUUGAAAAAAUUAUGCUGAUAAUUAUAAAUAAAAAAAUAAAUAUAUAAAUUACAUAAAAAAAGAAACAAAAACAAACCAGAAUUAGAAAGCAGAAACAAAAAUAAGGAUGAUGAUGAUGUUGAGUGUGGGAAAGCAACCAAUAAUAAUAUUAAUAUAUAAAAUUUAAAUUAUGAAAAAUUAUGAUAAUGAUGGUAAUGCUAUGAAAAUAGAUUAAAAUAAAGUCACAUUAAAAAUCGAAAAUAGAAAACCAGAAAAUGAAAAAACAAAAAAAAAUAUUAACGAAAAA